AGAAGAUCUGAUUUAAACAAAUACGUGGUUUGCUUCUAAUGAUAAAUUCAUAUAUUGAUUUGUCGUCCCCGGAGUUAAGUGUUACAUUGUAUUAUCGACCUCAUAUCUGGAUUUAAUGUUUUAUAAUUUCAUAUGGUGAUGUAAAUAUAGUACAAAACACAUUUAACAUGGCUUCAAAACAAGUUCAGUGUGACAUGUGCAGUAACGAAAAGGCAAUAAGAUUCUGCAAUACAUGUGGAAACAUCGGAUAUACAUGUUUCAGAAUUCACAAGACAGGGAGGAAAUUCCAAACGCACAUUGUGAAGAUGUUUCGAAAGGAUGGACAUAAUUCAAAGUGUAUUAUGUAUGAUAUCACUGAUAAAAUAUGUAAACACCACCCUACUGAAAGAGCUUUACUGUUUUGCAGAACUCAUGACUCUAUGAUUUGUGGUAGAUGUCUUCAUGCUGAUCAUCUUUCAUGUGGUAAUGAGGUUGUUGAUUUGUGUCUCGAGACAAGAAGUAUUGAUUUCGACCAAGUUAAUGCUAUGUCUGCAGCUUUGAAUGAGAUUAAAGGUGACACAAAGCGCAUAAUGGAAGAAUUCGAUACAAAAAUCGAAACAAAUAAUUCCCAUGUGGUUAAUUGCAAUAAAGAAUUUGAUGAUUGGGAAAAUAAACUGAAACAGAAAGUCGAAGAUUCGAUAAGCGUUUUUCGGCAAGAAGUGUGUAAAAUUAACGACGAAAACAUAUACGCAUUUUCAUGCAUUUAUUCUGUUUGUGAAAAUAUAUCGUUUUGGGUUGAUAAAAAGGAAGGUCAAAUUGAUGAUUAUGUUAACAAUUCGUUGACUGGUUACCUAUACUUGAUGAACCGGAACUUUGACAAGAAAAUUUCAGAGGUCAAACGGCAGAUGAAGGAAGCCAAACAUAAGCAUAUCUUUAAACAGUUUUGCCUAAAGGAAAAUAAAGUUGCCCUGAAAUGCUUAAUGGAUGACCUAAUGGAUGUUUGUGAACUUCAGGAGGAAGUUGAUGGAAGCGAUGAAGGGAACGCAAUCUCAAUUGGGAUUGCCAAUCAAGAACCACAAAUGACAAGAAAGAAGUUAGAAAAAGAGUUAGAAAUGGCAAGGGAUAGAUUCGCAAACGAUUCCUUGGAGUCUGAAGAGCGCUUGGAACAAUCAGAAGAAGCAAGGAAGGAACUGAAUGAUGUGCUGACACAAGUGAAACAAAAGCUUUAUAAAUCAGAAAGGACAAGAAAGAAGUUAGAUAUAGAGUUAUUUCAAGCGAAGCUGGUCGUUGAAAAAUCUGAAAAGAUAAGGCAGGAACUCAGUGAUGAGCUAGAGAAUGUAAAGCAAGACCUGAAUAAUUUAGAAAAGGCAAGGGAUAGAUUCGAGAACGAUUCCUUGGGGUUUGAAGAGCGCUUGGAAGACUCUGAAGAAGCAAGGAAGGAACUGAAUGAUGUGCUGACACAAGUGAAACAAAAGCUUGAUAAAUCAGAAAAGACAAGAAAGAUGUUAGAAAAGGAGUUUAUUCAAGCGAAACAGAUAUUGGGAAAAUCUGAAAAGACAAGGCGGGAACUCAGUGAUGAGAUAAAACAAGUAAAACAAGACCUUGAUAAUUAGACAAGAUAAGGCAGAAACUCAGUGAUGAGUUAAAGCAAGUGAAGCAAGACCUGAAUAAUUCAGAAAAGGCAAGGGAGGAAAUCGAAAACGAAUCUUUGGGGUUUGAAGAUCGCUUGGAAGAUUCUGAAGAAGCAAGGAAGGAUUUGAAUGAUGUGCUGAAACAAGUGAAACAAAACCUUGACAAAUCUGAAAAGGUGAGUGUCACAAUUUUUAGUGGUUUUUCAUAAACACCUAUUAUUAGAGGAGAGAGAUCAGGACUUUGAUAGUUAAUAGAAAUGAAAUACACCUAUUUAUACAAACAAUAGCUUAAAAUUUGCUAUAUGCACUUGGAGGAAAAAGAAGUGUAGUUAAAGCGCACAACCUUAUUAUGUAAUUUCAGAGGUGUUUAUUUAAAGUUAAUUAGGACAUAAUUAGAACUUAAUAGUGUCAAAAGUACGAGCAAGUAUCAUAAUUGUUUUUAAAUGCUUACAACUAAAGGUGUAAUUGUGUAUGAAAACAUAUAAUCAUACAAUUGUUUUUUUCUCCCUCUUCAAGAGUAAUUAAAAAACCUACGUCAGGCACAUAUACGUUACAUAUAUUUUUCAAGCUUUUGGUAAAUCACCUACAUUGGUCAUUGUAUAUAGCAAAUUAAUUAUGAUGUAUUGAUCGAUUUUGAGCGUUGGGGGAAAUCUAUAAAAAUAAAAGUUGCGAAGGCAUUAUAAUGUAAUUUGACAGAUAUGAUCCUUAGACACAGAAAUUUGUUAUGUCAUUUUCCGGUCUCCUAUGUGUCUGCUUGCCUGCAUUUGAUGAUGUUAUUGAAUCAAAAACAACUAUCCUACUACCUUUUACAUUUUAAACAUUUUAAUUCAAUGCUACUAUAAACUCGUUUCAGAAAAGAAAGGGAUCCGAAAAAGCAUUAAAUUGAAACAAAGCUUAGGACAAUCUAAAACAGUACGAGGCAAUAGUAAACAAUAUGAAAUGUUAUGAAAAUAAAUGAAUACAAAUAACAAAUGGUUAUCAGUUCUCUACUUAUAAGCUAUUUGCUAUGUGCCAUAACACUGCUUGAAUGAUCUUAUUUCAAAAAGUGAUCCUUUGCAUACAAACGAACAUUUAUAAAUAAUUGUAUAUGCACUGUUUAUUACUAAUUGAAACGCUAUUGAAGAAAUUUCAGACAGAAACUAAUGAAAGUAUAAACAUUUGUUUAAGCUGUUGGAUUUACAGCAAUUAAAGUUGACCAGUUGAAAUAACCAUUUCGUCAAUACAAAAUAGUUUCUUAUUAAUACACCAAAUGUUACCCUUAACCGAUACAAAAUGUAAUCAGCAUUGUUCUCAUUUGUUUUAUAACUUUAGUUUCACUUUGUAGAACGUGAGAUGAACGUCAUGAACAAAAUACGAGCAAACCUACCCAAGUGUCAAGUUUUCUUAUAUUAGAAUAACUCUGAUUGACACAGAUAGAUUACAUAACAUAGAUAUGAUUCUUUUUUAGGCAAGGCAAGAGCUAUGUGACGAUUUGAAACAAGGAAAAAUAGACCUUAUUAGUUCAGAAAAUGUGAGACUUCUAACAAGCAUGUUUAUUGUUCGUACUUGGACCGGUUUCAAUAUCAGAGGAACUAUAUAUAUAUUUAGACGUUGAAUUGGGCCCAUAUCUAGAAUAAUAGUCUUUGCAAAAUACAAAUGUUAGUACUUAAUUUAAGAAUGGAAAACAAUAACGUUAAUAUUCGUUUAGGAGUUAUUUUUAUGGCAUAGGCGGUCCAAGGCGGUACCUAACAAUUGUUGAUAAACAUACCUAGUUUUUUAUAUAAAGUAUGUAUGCACUGUGCUGCUUGUGGAGUUUUGUGCUGUUCUUCCAUGUUUCUUGUUUGUGAUUUUAUGUUCUAUGUCUUUAGCGUUUACCCAGUGCCAUUAAACCGGAUUUAUGUUUAAACGUUUUGCUACUGAGCUUGUUUCCGUAGCUUUUCGCAUAAAUAUAGACCUAUGAUUUUAAUCUGAAAAGGUAAGAUCAAUGGUGAAUAUUACGAUAUAAUAAGUCUAACAUGUAGAUGGAUUUUAAUAAAAUUGAAAAAAAGUAUCAACCAUUCGAAAAUUUAAAAUACUAUAAACAGUUUGCUUAUAAUUUGCAUUUCAGUUACAUGAACAAGAAAUAGUAAUAGAAAUUAUGUGCAAAGGGCCAUACACUUUUGGAGGGUAAAACAUGUGAAUUUAGACAUCAAGAUCUUACAAUAUAAGUGAUGUGAAUUAUAAGCAAUAAACUGUGGGACGUGGUUUUCAUCGUAUAUCUAAACAAUUUAGUCAUGGAGGAAGAAUGUCUUAUACGGACUAAAUACUCCUGGUGAGAUUUGUCCUCAAACGGACAAAUCCGUAUGAGGAAUCAACAAGGAAAAGCUUUUGGUAGAAUAAAGCCGUUAACGGACAUAAGCACGUUUUGUUUGUAUGUCAGUGGAGUGAACUGACAGAUAUAAUUAUAACUGGGAUAAAAUCAUAACUCAAUAGAAUUAAAAUUGUAAGAAAAUAUCAAAAGUUUCUUUAAAAUUCUAGGAACUAUAAAUAAAUAUUGUGGAUAUGAUAUAUUUAUAAUCAUAUAAUUGUUCCUCCUCUUCCUCUUAAACCCUCGUUAUAAUUAAACUGAGUCAGAAACAUAUACCUUUUAAUUAAUUGUGGCGAUUGAACCUUUUGUAUACGUGUUUUCAACACUUAAAUCGUUCAUUGCAUAUGGUGUGUACUGAUUUAUUUUAAGCAUCAAUAAAAAGAUAACACGUUGUCACGCUGUGUAUAAUUUCACACUUACAUACUAGAAAGGGACUAGAAAAAGAAUUAUUUCAAGCGAAGAAGGUCGUAGAAAAAUCUGAAGAGGUAAGAACAGUGGAUCUCAUUGUGAGUCAAUAUGAAACAUGAGUAUAUACAUGUAGAUAAAAAGUUCUAAUUUGUUUUCAUGUUUAUUGACAUUUUCGUUAAUUGUAUGUCACAUGAUAUUUGUAUUUUAUAUGAUUACAAUAUAUGUUCAGGUUUAAUAUUUUCUAUAAAGAACAUGAAAUCUUAUUGUAGAAGCAUUUUUGCCCACCAAAUAGCUUUACAUUAAUUGUAUAGGUAAAAACUGAAACGAUAAAAAUUAUCAUGAUACUUGUACGAAAAUUUGAUUUAAUAUUCUGUUAUUUCUGUCAAGCGAUUUUAAUAAACAAAAACUUUAAUUUGUCACUAUUUGAUACGUUUACAGACAACGCAGGAACUCAGUGAUGAGCUAAAACAAGUAAAACUAGACCUUGAUAAUUCAGAAAAGAUACGCAUGACAGUUGAGAAGGACUUAAAACACACGUUGGAAAACCUGGUUCGAGUUAAAAGGGAAAGAGCAGAAGUCCAGGCAAAAUUUCCAUACAUUCAAGAAUACUUCAGCUGGACUCAGCCGACUGGAACAAUUCAGGUCAAGACCUCAUCAGAAUUACUAUGGCCUUACAUCGAUUUGAAUUUUACCUUCCAGGAUGGCAUUCAAUCG